AUGAAUGCUUUGUACGGACUUCCAAAAGAAGUAGGUUUUAUUAAAUGAUAUUUUUUCUUAUAUUUCUUACAGUAUAUAGUAGUAAGAGUAUUGUAUACUGGGUGUUUCAAGAAAUAAGACCAACAGUUUUUGCAUUGUUUACGAAAAGUACUUGCUCAAGUUGAUUCUUUCUUUGAUUGAGUUUACCAUUCGAUGUUGUGUUUAGUGCUUUUUUUUGAAGAUUCGGCGGAGACCCGGCGGACGACAGAAAGUUAUGUUCUGAAAGCCAAACCCAGAGUUUUUAAAUUUUUUUCGAAAUUUGAGACUGAUCAAUCAUUAUCAAAAUAAAAAUAAUUUUUAUCUUCACGCUGGCGGACGCCGACCUUUUCUUGGCAAAGGCCAUAACUCCGUUUAUUUUUAAUAGUUUUUUUCAAACAAAAAAAAGUUAUUCAUAACCUUGUCAGUUACAAAGGUACCAAUUCUAGAAAAAAUUGAACUUACAAAAAAAUUCGGCGGAGAUUCGCUUUUUCGGUGGAGGCCAUAACUUGUUUCGUUUAUCAUAGUUUUUCUUCAAAACAAAAAAAGAUUAUUUAGGAUUUAAAGGGCUACAAAAAACUUAUUUUUUCAAAGGAAAAGGGACUUCUAAUUUUUAAGUUUUAUAUACAUUUAGAUGUUGCAAAAAAUCUGUGAACAUUGCGAAAGUAUCGCCACCGUGGCCGCUAUGGCGUCAAUAAACAAGAAAUUUUACAAAUCCAUCAACAGAGACUUCAAAGCCAUGUGUCAACAAAAUGGAGUGUACAGGUUUGAUGGAGAAACAUGGGCUAUCGCUUUCAGCUUGUAAGCUUUUCUCAUAGUAUUUUUGAAAUUGCACAAUUUAAUAAUCCCACAUAAUGGCUAUAAAGCUAUCAGAGUGUCAAAAAAUAUAUAAUACAAUCAGGGACGUCGCUAAUGGUUUCUUCCAUCCCCUAAAUACAAUCAUUUAGUAGCACUCAUCAGUAGUAAUUUGCAUACGAAAAUUAGUUUUAUUCUGUUUUAGGGCACAGUUUCGCGCUUUUGAGUUCGCUAAAUCUGAUGUGUUCAAUUGCCAAACUACUGGAAAAGUAGUAUUCCCCGUAUGGCCACAUUAUGCACUCAUUUCGCAUAUCGAUUUCUCAAUGUUCAAAUUUAAAAUGAUGGAUUUUAAACAACACUUUGCUGAACACAUCGACAGAAUCCGUUUUAUAAAUAACGGAACACAACUAUUAAUUGUUUGUAAGUGGGUGCUUGACACAGAUGCGUUUGAACAACCCGCUUACUUAUUCGACCUAACUACACAAAAAGUGCUAAAGAAGUUCAGAUUAACGCAUUUUCACCAAGGAAUGUACAUAGAAUUGAAAGAAAACGACAGAAUCUACGAUCCAUUUACUGAUAAGGAGUUUCAAAUCCCUUCUGAGAUGGAGUUUGUAGAAUGCAAAUACACCGACCGACACAGCGAGCAACGGUACAUACCAAUGUUGGCACGGUCGCGAGAGGAAUUCUAUAUCAGGGACAUGAAAACGGAUGAAACCUUUAAGUUGUGCAACGUUACGGCCCGCUCGUUCGACCACUGCUUCCUGGAAGACCUCGAUUUCGUGUAUAUAAAGAGUAAGAUUAUUCUUAAUUAUUAAGAAUAGUAAUAUAUAGUGCAAAAAGAUAGAUUAGUCCUUUUAACAGUUAAACAGUUUGUUUUAUAAGCAUAGUUUUAGAUGAGGCUAACGGGCGAUAUGGCUACAACAACGUCCAAAUUUACGACUUAAAGACAAAGGAAAGAGUCUUUGAACGUUCGUACAUUAAAGGAAAAGAUAAUUGGUCAUGCAUCUCAAAUUAUGCCAUCCAAAACAUGAACACAGGCGAAGUAAGUGUUAAAAAGCAAAAGCUUAAAAUUUUCAUAGUAACAAAUGUCAUAAAAUAUUGCUAAUGUGCCAAAUUAUGUUAACACAUAUAAUAUAUCUACUACUACACAGAAAACAAUUGCCAACAUAUAUUUUACAUUUCCAGUGCAUCCUAUACAACCCGAAAAAGGAGCAGUUUUAUUCGACGGUCACCAGAUGUUUGUCUUCAGAAUCACACAGACACAAAUAUCAAGAAGGUGUUUGUGAUUUAACAGCAUGUAAUAGAGGAGAAGGCCGAAGGCGCUUCGCGCAGUGUUUUGAUGAUGUUGCUAAUGAUCAGGCAACAUUCUUCCUCGACCACAUAAAAGGUAAGACGAAAAAAAUGAAAACAAUAUCAUAUGAGUUGAAAUAGCCAUAGGGUCGAUUUAGGCACAAUCAAAAUAUUGGUUAACAAGGAAGGUACCCGACCUGCCCCGCUCUGAUUGACUUCAAACUUUUUUUAUAAAAAGAUCAUGUAAAUAUAAGGUCUUCAGCAAAGUACCAAAUCGCGCUUUCCAGCCAACCUCGAGAAAAUCGAGAUCAAAAAAUUACGUUUUGAAGUCCCCGCCAAAUUGGCGUUGUGUUUCAAGCUUAUAACUUUACCAUUUUUUGACUUUUAAUAAUUUUUCUUUGAUAUACUAGUAGAAAACCUUUAAAUGAACCUAUAUUUUUAAAUUUGUAGGCGUAGCUUGUCUGGAAGGUCGAAAAAAGUGCUUGAAACACAAUGCCAAAUAGUCGGAGAACCAAAAUAAUUCAAAUUUAAAACUCAAAAGCGCAGGCUAAAAUUUUUUAUAGGUACUAUUGGUAAUACAAAGAACUUAUAUAAAAAUUUUGAGCUGAUUCUGAGUGGGGCAGGUUGGGUACUUUCUUUGUAAGCUAUAAUUAAAAUAAUAGUUGACGUAGUUUGACGAAAAAACUAAAUAAAACGUUUUCAGAUAAGCUCAGGAUGAUGCCGCUCGCAGUGGAUCGGGACGAGACGCGAUACAUGGACGAUAUAUGUUAUCGUUGUGAUAAUUAUUUGUGUGAGCUGCAGUCAUAUGCUGACAGUAGCACAAAUUUGAACGAAGAAAUGAAGAAGUUCUUCAUUUCUGAACUAAAAUAUUUGAAGAACCGCGAGACCAACAACAGACACGACAUAAAAUCAAGAGUUUUAUAA